AAUUUCAUUUUAAUAUUAAUAUAAAUACACUUAUAUAUAAUUAUCUCUCGAAAACUUCCUCGACUUAUUGAACCAAACGAAAUCAUUACUUUCAUACUGCUCUUAUUGGCUUAGAUGCCGGUCAAUUUUUUCUUAUAAAUUGGCAACACUACCCUACGUGGCAUUGCCAGAUGCCAUUUCCGUAAUUCCCAACAUACAAAAAUCAAUGAAAAGAGUGAAUGCGCACUGAAAAGGUACUCAAACACGAAGAGCUGCCAAGCACCAGCCAGCCAUUCAUUAAACAGCGCGUAUUGAAGUCGGUCGUUCGAACGCGGAUAUGCAUGUGUCUCCGAUUGACUACGAGUGAACGGAAGUGGAAAAGCGCGCGCAUACAAACAUAAACAUUCGGCUAAAUGCACGAAGUAACAACAAUAACAAAAACACCUGUGCCCAGUAAAAUUCAGUUGUACUUUCAAGGCGUACUUAGUCUCGAAAAGGCGGUGUCCGUCGGAAGCAAAGAAAGUGAAAAGCUCACGUGCCAAAGAGCAAAAAAUAUAUGUACAAGUGUCACAUACAUAUAAGUGCGUUUGUGUGUAAAAUGUUUGUAGGAUAAUACAACGAAUAUAUACAUACAUACAUACAAGCGUCUCAUACAAAUAAACUUACAAGUGUGUUGCAAGUUUAUAUUGCUGGUUCGUUGUACGUUCGAAAAAAAGUGAAUCUUAUGCCCGAAAUUGUAAGCGCUUAGCAACGAAGUGGAACUACUUUACAGCUGCUUUGCUGGAAAGCUUUCGGCAGCGCCUAGGCAAACGGAUUAUAUUCCAGCAGCGAGGAUGUUUGCCAUGUACACCAAGUUUUGAGAGCCAAGCCCAAAAAUAAAAUAGCACAUCCAAUGUCACCCUCACGCGAUCAAGAGAGCUGUUGUCACAAGUGAAUCACUGUUGUUUUUAUACAUUUACACCUCAUCAAACAUUCCACGUCAAAAUCAGACAACGCGUAGCAUCAUGACCUUCUACUGGUGGUCACAUUGGUUUUGGAUAACAACAUUGAGUACUAUCCUUCUGAGCAUAACAUUCGUACACACAUAUCCAAGCCAAGAGAUUUCCUUAGAGUACAAUCAAAACAGUAAAUCCGUGAAAGCGGUGACAAAACUACACCAGACGACAACGAGUUUAGAGUGGUCCACAACUACACCAGCCACACUAGUGACUACGCCUAACAAAGACACAGGAUCAGAGGCAGUUGUGGCAUCAAUAACACAACAAAAACUUAAUGACAAUGCCAGCAGUACAGAUAAAGAGCUGGUCUCUGAAGAUCUAGACGCAAAACCAGUGCCGUCUGCUUAUAGUGAGGUAGAGGACACUUCAGAGCACGAACAAGAAAACAUUGUAGAAAAUGAAGACAGACCAACAGCUGAGGAGGGAGAGUAUAAAAGAUCUGCAGAAAGUUACAAUAAAACCAUAGAAAACACAAAAGAGCUUGCGAAUGAUGAAAGCGUAGAGGAACCACAAGUCGCGGCGGUGGUGGCUGAGCAGAGAUCAGCCUCUAUUGAGCAAAGUAGACAAAAAUUGAACCGCGCUGAUGAUGAGCUGAGCAACUAUACCAACAGCAGUCGGAAACGCGAUGAGACAAGAGGCAACGCAACCUGUGUGAAUUGUAAUGCGGCAGGGCACGAGCCUAAUAGCACCGCGGAAGCCACACGUUCUCUCGAAGCGCCAAAACUAAUGGCUAACAACUCGACUGCAACAGCGGUCAACACGAACUCGCGCAUAGACUCUCUGCACUCCGACACACUGGAGUGGCUGAACGCAGUGCAAGUAGCCGCGGCGCUUCCAGUGCCCAAACUGCUCACCAACGCUGCACAAUCGACCGAAAUCGAUCGUGAAGUAGUUACGGUGUCAACAGAAUCACCUGCAAACGACGCGGCUGUGGCGGCUACGACACAGCAACGCAUACCCUUUACACUGGAGAAUGCCAAUAAAGAGGACGAACUGCGACGUGCCGAAAACGAACAUCGUUCACGCAAAUCGAAAGUGCUCUCAGCCGAGUACAAACACAUCAAUCGCUACAUCAAUUACUCUUCGGACAGCAAAAGUUUGCUGACGCGUAGCGCCGCCACAACGCCCAAUGAUUUCGGUGGCGUUGAAGAGGGCAACAUUUCCUCGGAAGCGCUCUCGAUACAGCGCACAUACUUCUUGGAUGCCGGCGCGAUCUCAGCUAUCUGCUUCACCAUAUUCGGUGUUUGUUGUACGGUCGGCACAAUUGGCAUAGUGCUCUAUCGGCGUAGAUAUGUUAAUAAGCCGCAGGCGCUGAGCGAGCCCGACUCGAGUGUCUAUAUCGAUGAUAGCACGAUGCGUGUAAGUGAUAAUUCCGAUGAGAUGUACAGUUUGGACAAUGACUCCUUUCUCAAUUCACUGGAGGCGAUGACAAUACAAAACUACUGGACGGACACCGUUAAACAUACAAAGCUUUAAUUUCCUUUAAAAAAACAGAAACAAAAACAAAUACAUACAUAUACAUACAAGUAUAUAUACAACUUAGACGUAACGGCGUGCACACGUACAUACAUAUAUAAAUAAUUGUCACAUGUGUGCGUGCGUAUACAAUAUAAAUAUUAGUGAAUUAGUUUAAAAUAAUAGCAUGCAUAUUUGAAGAAUUAUAAUUAAAUUAAUGAGCGUCUACUAAACUCAAAUUAACAUAAUCAUUAAGUUUACAUAUUUAGCUGUUAAAAUUGAGAUUGACAUUGGAAUUUUAUAUAUAUUUACAUGUUACUUAAACGCGUGUUUUACCGUUGCGCACUGAGUGUGAUUUGCCUGCAAGUCUCAGCAGUGUGUUAAAGCGUUGAGUGGAGCGUUAAUAUUAGUUACUAAUUAGUUGUUUAUUGUUUGUAGAGAUAUUUGUUAAAAAUUAUUUUUAAUUAAAUUAAUUUUUUGUUUAAUUUUUUUAAUUAAAUUAAUUUUUUAUUAAAAGCUAUAUAUAAAAAGUCGUAUAUAAAAGUUGUUUAAAUAGUUUUUUUCCAAAAGAUUUACUUUUUAUAAAAUUUUUUUUUUAAUAAUUAAUAAAAUAAACAUGUAAAAAUUAAGUUUUCCAGUUAAAAAUGGCUUUUUGUUUUUGAUAUAACUGCAAUAAAGAACUUAAAAAAAAAUUUUAAUUUUUGAUUUUUUUUAAUUUUGCAAAAAAAAUUUUUUUUGUAAUUAAAUUUAGUUUAACAUAAAAUUAAUUAUUAUUAUUUAUUUGAUUUUUAAAUUAUUUUUUGGGUUGAAAUAAGUGUAUGCUUUGUUUUAAUAACAUUUAAAAUAACUAAAAAACAAUAAUUUUGGAUUUUAGAUUCUUUAUAAUUUCGCAAAAAAAAAAAUAUUUUUGUAAUUAAAUUUAAUAUUAUAAAAAACUAUUCAUUCUUAUUAAAAAUUAUUAUUUAAUAUUUAUUAAUUAAUUAUUUUUUAUUUUUUAAUGUGUUUUUUUUUGAUAAAAAUAAGUGCAUGUUUAUUUAAAUAAUAUUUAAAAUAACUAAAAAAAAUUGUACAAAUUUAUAUUAUUUAAAUUUUUUUUUAUUUUAUCGUUUUUAAUUGUAUUUUGUAUAGUUUUCUCAAAAAAAUAAUUAAAAAUUUUUUUGCAUACAAACUUAAAUUUUAAAUUCUCCUAAUUCCGAAAUCACCUUAACUUCUAGUUUAUCAAAAAAAAUGAAAACACAAUUAUAAAAGUAGGAAACUUUGGUAAUUUCUUAUAAAACUAGUAGUUAAUUACUACCUAGAAGCUUGUGACCCUAUAUAUAUGAGUUUUUUCGUGGCGUAUAAAAAAAAAUCGAUUACUGAUCUUCAAAUUCUACAAAAAAAUUUAUCGAAGUGUCUAUACAUUUGCUAAGUGAUUUAAUGCGUAAAAUCUGAUUUGGUUUUCAUUUGUACAAGCUUUAGUUUCAUAACUAAAAUUUAUGUUUUAUCAAUUAUUCUUAUUUAUAUUGUUUUUAAAUUUUUAUUUUGAAUGUUCAAAUGUAUGUGUACGUUCCUUAUUAUUAUACGCUACACAAAAGUGUAUUGGUAUACCGUUCGUUAAUUCUUCAUCAGAAUCAUUCCUUCCAAAUUCUAGAACAAAGCAAAAAAAAAAAAACAAGCAAAAAAAUAAUAAAAAAAUAUAAA